ACAUUUUGUUUACGUUUCAAAAAUAAAACAAAACAAACAGACGAGAAUAUUCAAGGUUCAAUCAUCCGUGUGUAAUCAUUUUCCUAUCUGAUCAGUGGCCAUAUGCCAGACGGUUUUCUCCUAUUUUUAUUUUUACGAUUUUACAGCUUUUUUUUACGUUCUUUAAUUGCGCCUUAACAAACAUGUCUAGCCCCAAAGAGGAAUGCGUUUUGAAGGCUGGUCACCCCCCAGCUGUGAAGGCAGGUGGUAUGCGAAUCACCCAGCAUAAGACAAGAAAAGACUCCGGGGGUCUCACUGAGGACACCACCGGACUGACUGUGUCAGCGAGCCCCCCAAAAACCACCAUAGUGUCCGGGGCUGUGGUGAAGGGACAUGCCGAUUUCAGUCCCGAGGCAGUUCAGAGCUUCCAUAAAGAGAAACCACCAGUGGCUCACAUUAAUAAGGGGGCUGCCCAUAUCAUUCAGCAACCCAGGAAGUAGACUGUGUUGAAAUUGGGCUUACGUUUUAUUACUCGACUGUUUAAGGUGUUUUAUUUUUAAGGGUUAAAAAGGUGUAUUAUAUUAUGGUGUAAGUGUAAUUUGAAAUUCAUAUUAUUUUGGGCACAUUUUGCAUUUUUAAAGUUGUUUGUUGGUAUGUUCAGAGUGAAUUUAUUAUUAUUUGUUUUAUACCUUUUAUUAUUAAUCAAUUUCUAUUAAUCUAGGCAUGAAAAUAAAGCCAAGCUUUGAGAAAUA